AUGCCUAUUACAGUCGACCAUCCACAAUGGCAUGAGGGAGUGUGGGCGUGGAUGGGGAAGAGUGGGGCGGUCAGCGGCAUCCAGCAGCAGGAGACAGCGGAGAUGCGCGAGGAGACGCAGACGGUGACGGACGCAGAGGCGACGACGCGACGGGUCGAUCGGGUUGGCGAGCAGCCAGCUCGAGAACGACCUGCAUGGGUCAGCCGUCUGCAGCUGCUUCAACCUCAAUCACUUCGCUUAGCCAGAGACUGUUUGCGACCUUUACCUGAAAUACUUGUCAUCAACUGUGACAGAUCCCAAAGCCCAAUAUGGAAAGUGCUCGAGCUCUCCACAAAAUGCUUUUUCUCCGUGGGCGCAUUCCUUAUCAACGUGCUAAAUCCCUCUCAACUCUGGAGGAACUAA